ACGCCCAGCCACGCCCGCCCAACGUUCCCCUCCUUAUAUCUCCCGCCCCGCCUGCGCCCAACGCAGUCCGCUCCAUCCAGCCUAGCCUCCUGAUCACGCCGCACAACCGCCGCAGGGAUGGUCAAGACUACCAAAAUAAUCACGGCCCCCGCACCCGAGACCGAGAUAGGUCCGGUGCGAAACUACACGGAGGAGCAGCAGGCCAUGAUCAGGGCGUUGCGCGAGUAUGCCGAUACGCUCCUCCUCCCCGAAUCCGACCCGUAUCACGAGUGGGAGCUUCGGUGGCUGAACAAGUGGGACACUAUCCCGCGCUACAUGCGUGCCGCGAAGUGGAACUUUGAGGACGGCAAGAAGCGCAUCAAGGGCACGCUCGAGUGGCGGCGCGAGUUCAAGCCGGACCUUAUACCCCCCGAUGAGGUUCAGAUUGAGGCGGAAACUGGCAAGAUUACCCUCAAUGGCUUCGACAACCAAGGGCGGCCCAUCAUCUACAUGCGCCCGGGGCUCGAGAACACCGAAACAUCGCCGCGACAGCUACGGCACCUUGUCUGGUGGCUUGAGCGCGCAAAGGACAUGAUGCCCCUAGGGCAAGACUCGCUCGUCAUCAUCGUCGACUACAAGUCGACCACGCUCCGGACGAACCCGUCUAUCAGCAUCGCGCGCAAGGUGCUCACGAUCCUCCAGCAGCACUACGUCGAGACGCUCGGCCGCGCGCUCGUCGUCAACCUCCCCAUGCUCCUCAACUUCUUCUAUAAGGGCAUCAGCCCGUUCCUCGACCCCGUCACGCGCGACAAGAUGCGCUUUAACCCGGACCUGACCGAGCUCAUACCGCCCUCGCAGCUCGACGCGGACUUUGGGGGAGACUACGAGUGGGAGUUUGAGCCGAAGAGCUAUUGGGAGCAGAUCGUCGAGCAUUGUGGAAUUGCCCCCGAUGGUACCCGUGUGAACAAGGAAGUUGACCCAGCACGAGAAACAGACGAGGUAGAAGACAAGCUCGCAGACCUGCAAAUAGAAACGUCUGACGCAAGUGAUACGACGCCCGAACCGGAACAGCGCUCACAUACAGUGGAGGACGAUGGUAUCCUACAGCGAGAGGACGACGCCAAAGCCAUUUCAGAGAUCGCAGCUGCAGCAUAAUGACAUCGCAUUACUCACCGCACCUCACUCGCCCAUGCUGGCUAACACACUUGCAGUCGUCCCGUAUCCAGAUGACAACCCGAUGUAUCAUAGAUGCUACAAUCUAUCAUAUACUCACCUAACGUAUUAGAUACUGU